AUUUGUUUAUGGUCAUGUGUACAUAUUGUGCAUGUCUGUUUGUAAAGUACAUGUCCAGCACAUGUUCAAUGUUUAACGCACAUACAUGUGCAAUAUUUGUUCUUAAUGGAAGACAAUAUUUGCAUAAGGCAGUGACUUUAUUUUCUUAAUUACCGUACGUGUGUGCAGAGAGUGGGUCAAAGGGUUAAAUUAACAAGCAGUUCCAACUUCAUUUUAAAUGUUGUGCUUGAGAAAACGCAAGUGCAAUAAAGGCACAUUCAUUUCAUAUUGUGUGUUUUACUUUAGUAAUUGUAUGCAGCUUUAAUAAUGUAGAAAACUAAGUGAAUAAAUGAGCAGAAUAAAAAAAAGAUAAUAAAAAUCAUUAGAAGAGAUAAACAUAAUCACAGCGGUGGAUGACAAAUACAGUAAAAAAGCACAUCAUGUCAGCAUGCAAAUAAAAAUCAUUUUGCCCAGAAUAGGGCAUAAGGGCAUCUCACUGGUGGGAGAUCUAUACAUGUACCGGUAUGUGACAUACAUGUAACCACCCUCUACUGGUAGUUAAUCUGUCUUAGGUUUUUUAUAAUAGGAAAUCAUUACAGUUCACAUGCACUCAUAUUAACAGGCCCCAGAAUCAUUUUUCAGCCAAAGCUUGAUGCAGUGCCAAUGUUUGGGAAAAAUGGCCAGUCAGAAACUUAACAUUCCAGCCACAGUGCCUGGUCUCCAACCAAGCAAUUACCAGACCCCACCAUGAAUAUCCAACUGUAGCAUUCUGCUGAAGAUGUUUGACAUUCGGUCUUCAGUAUCCAGAGUCACUCAUCCCCGAAAAUCAAACAGUGCAACCAGUGGCUGGCAAACCAGCUGCAGCCAAGAAUAAAGCAAGUACAUGUACAUGCACAUCAUGUUGGCAUGCAAAGCCCAGUUAAUCCUUUUGGUCAUUGUGGUGCUGGUGCUUGGGGGGCUUCACUGUUUGAAUUGAUACCACCAGUUGGAGUCCUGAUUAUAGGGAAUGACCAUACUUGAUGAGGGGCAGACUGCCAGUGCAUACAGGUGGUUCCAUUCACUAGUCUACAGCACAAGAGAAGGGAUUGCGCACAACUGUGGUGGUGGUGGCUGCUGAUGAGUGUUGUCAUGCACUGGGCCAAGUGCUCUGCGCUGAUCGGAUGAUUUAACUUAGAGAUAUUCUCUCGUCCAAAAGUGGCAAUGUAGUUCACUGGUACCGGUGAUAGAUGGAUUGAGCUACAGCACGAGAACAGCUGGUUAGAGGAGAUAGUCAGGUUUUUGUUUUCCUCUCUCCUUCUCUCUGUUGUGAAAAACAUCAGCAUUGAAAGCAUUGCUGGUGAUGAAUGUGCUGAUGCGCUGCUCAUACAUUUACCGCUACAUGUAGCUAAGGUGUACCAGAAAGGUAUGUCAAAUGUCUUCUUGCUUGGGGCGAAUGACACCUCUACAGAGCAGGCAGGUGGUUUUUUGGCCCACGGUGAUUGCGGAAUAAUUUUCUUUAACAAGUCAUUUAUCAGGGAGGCGCUCUGGCAUAUUGCUUUUGUCAGCGGAGAAGACAUGUCAAUUGUGCAAUAUUCACCAUAUCUUUGAUGUGUCAAACUUGACUGAUGAAGUUUCUGGUGAGUUUUACCAUCUGAAUAAUGGAAUAAUGCGAUGCAGUUUCCCAGAAGGGCGUUUGCUAUGGCGCAUAUCCUGUGCCAAGAAAUGGAGACAUCAGUACGAGGGCUAUAACCUGUGACCAGUCUUUGCACUUACAGCGGCAGUUGGGGGAACAUUACUGUUGCCUAAGUUGCAGGCAGGCCCUGGAGUGUGUGCAUAUUAUACUGUCUGCAUAAUGUGCAUGUCUAAUGUUACCAAUGUACACACCAUCAACUUGACGACUGCUUGCACUUGCAUUUGGCUGUGUGUGAUAUUUCACACCAGGGGGUCAAACGUUGUAGCCUUGCGCCACAGGCAAACUGUUCCUCACUUGAUCAUGUCACAUGCCAGGUUUAUGUACUGUGCUGAUAUUUCUGUCUUUGUCUGAAAAAAGUCUUCUGGCCGGCUGGAUUGAGUAUCAUAUGUUAAACACCCAAACCAAACAUGAAAACUGUAAUAUAGCCCAUGCAUUGCAGUUAAUAACCCAGACUGACUAUAAUGUUAUGUUAGGUGUGAUCAGUGCAAACACUUGACCAAGGGGUGUUGAUCAACAAAGGAAAGGAGCAGGAAUAUGCGUCGGGGAGGUCUGUCCUUAAUGAAGCUACAUCACGGUCAUCAGCCAAGGAUAAUUACACCGUAUCUACAGUUAAAUAUUGCUGUUUCCAGUCACUAGAGUUUGACUUAAGAAAGGGACAUACAUGUAGCGCCAUGACUGGCACCAUCCACUUCGUAACAUGAAUCGUAAGCUGUGCGCUGUCGUGCCGCCUGUUCCCCGAAACGAUGGGAAUGACAAGAAAUUGACAACUUCAGGCAAGCACUCUCCGGACUCUCCAUCAAAGAGGAACAAGCUUGGGUGGUUCCCACUACAUGUACCUCCGGGCUAUGUGAGGAGGUCUCGUCUAGCAGGGAAGCACAAGGGUAUCACUACGGUAGCACAGAGAAGUACGAGUAAGGUUCAGACAUCAUCAGAACACCAGUCAACUGAAUUGCCUGCCAGAGACGCCAAGGGUCAUCUUGCAUCAGACACCAUGAAGUAUGGCAACAGCAAGACUCAGCCACUGCAGAUCAAUGGCAUGGUGGGCAGGAAGACAUCAGGCACACAUGGGGAGAAGUUGACAUCCUCCAGCCUGCCCCCAGCAAUGACCAAGAGCAACACCAGCUUCCCGCAGCUCAACCUGGGUCCCCGGGGCAUCAGCAAUGUGGAGACGCUGCCCCAGCUCAGCAACCUGCAUGGUAACCUGGUCUCUACACAUGCCGCCAGUGAGCAGGCACGGCUCCAUCGGCAAAAGACACACAUAGAUCGGGAUCAGAGCAAGUCCGACAGCCCCAAGAAGGAUGGGAUGGGUCACAGAUUGCCUCUCACACCCGGAGAAGCCUUGAAGUUCUACCGAGACCGACUCACAGCCUACGAGCAGUCGGAGAUUCUGGAUCACACUGAUAUCUGGUUCCUGGGUCCAGAGGCAAAGAAGAUUGAAGGGGUACAAGGUGCCGCCCAGAAUAAUGGAUAUGAUGAUGAAAAUGGGUCUUACACAAAGGUGCUCCAUGAUCAUCUCACGUAUAGAUAUGAGAUCCUUGAGGUCAUAGGUAAAGGGUCAUUUGGCCAGGUCGUCCGAGCCAUGGACCACAAGACAGGAGACACAGUGGCAAUAAAAAUCAUCAGAAACAAGAAAAGGUUUCAUCAUCAAGCGUUGAUUGAAGUGAAGAUACUGGAUGCACUCAGAAGGAAGGACAAGGACAACUCAAACAACGUCAUCCAUAUGUUGGAAUAUUUCUAUUUCAGAAACCACUUAUGCAUCACGUUUGAACUGUUAGGAAUGAAUUUGUACGAGCUGAUCAAGAAAAACAACUUCCAGGGCUUCAGCAUAGCCCUGAUCCGACGCUUUGCCUAUGCACUCCUGGGCUGCCUGAAGCUGCUGCACCAAGAGCGUAUCAUUCACUGUGACCUCAAACCCGAAAACAUCCUGCUCAGGCAGAAGUACCAGAACUCCAUCAAAGUAAUUGACUUUGGCAGCAGCUGUUAUGUCAACCAGCGAGUGUACACCUACAUCCAGUCACGCUUCUACCGAUCACCAGAAGUCAUCCUUGGUCUACCUUACAGCAUGCCCAUCGAUAUGUGGAGCUUUGGUUGUAUCUUGGCUGAACUCUACACAGGUUACCCCUUGUUCCCUGGAGAGAAUGAGGUGGAACAGCUGGCCUGCAUCAUGGAGGUUCUUGGAAUGCCUCCCACCAACAUCAUUGAGGAAGCACAGAGGAGAAGACUGUUCUUCGACUCCAAGGGAAAUCCCAGAUGUAUAACCAAUAGUAAAGGGAAGAAACGACGGCCAAACUCCAAAGAUCUGAGCUACGCCAUCAAGACAAACAACACGCUCUUCCUGGAUUUCAUUGAGAGAUGUCUAGCGUGGGACCCAAGUCAGCGGAUGACGCCAGAGGAGGCCUUGCAACACGAGUGGAUCCAGGAGGACAAGCUCUACAAGUCUCAUAAGGAGCUCACCCAGCAGCAGAUCAUCCGCACCUCCACCAAGCCCAAGCACCAUCACCACCACCACCAUGGCCACCACCAUGGCCACCACCGACACCCUCAUCAACAUCAGCAACAUAAGCAGGCAGAGACGGAUCAGCAACAGCAACAGCAGCAGGCUGGGGAAGUAGAACCCCUCGCUGCCUCGCACCAGCACCAAGAGGUGCAGCAACAGCUGGAGCAGGACGAAGGGGAUGUGGCGCAGCGGCAGGGGAAGGUCAACAAACAUCAAGUGCAGAACAACUCAGAGAAUGAAACCGUCCAUAAAAGUAAAGACAGUGUGGAACGCAAGGUGUCUGUGAAGAAAAAGAGUGCUAAGAUCAGGGACACUACUCACGCAAACCCACCGAAAGAACCUCAUCAACUCAGCGAAACUACUGAAAAGCCCAUUAACAAAGUUAAACCCCUUGUACUUGACUUUGAGGAGCUUUUAGAAAAGGCACCCUCAAUCACAACCGAAGACCUCAAGGAAUCGAUCAAAGACAGCAAAGAGAAGGACUUUGACCAAGUCGAUGACCAACCCCCUAAGCAGUUCCUACCACCGAUAGUAUAGCAUUGGGACUUGCCAGAUGCUAAAAGGACCAGACCCAUGGCCACUCUAGGUGACAUGUUACUCUGAAAGGUACAUACUAGUAGAUGACGCAGCUCUCAGGUUGGCAAGUACACAUCAGCAGUUGACAAGUUGAUGGAGCUGAACCUUUGUGGUACCUUGCAGUUCUUUGGAUGGCAGGACUUAUGUAAAGUUCUCUCAGAAUGAGAUGGAAUGACUUAGCAGUGAAUCAGUGGAAAUCUAUUCGGUCUGUGCAUGAACUGCCGAGGCAACUGUUUGCCUUAACCUCAGAAGUACCCAAAGAGGGUGCCCUAAUGAUGAAAAAUGAGCUGUGUGUUUUACGGAGGUAUGCAUUGUUCACCAAUGAUUCAGUGCUUGUCGGUCAGUGUCUAUGCUGAAGGGAGCUACAGGCAAUGACAAAAUGCAGCCAACUGCCUGUUCUGAGAAUACAAUGUCUGAUCACAGGAGGGCAGCACACCCCUCGUGCAAAGUCUACGAGCGUGUGGACGUAUAACAAAAACAUGCAAAGAAGAAAACAUCUGUAGAGAACUACCGCAAGCUGUGGGGUUUUUAGAGAGGGAAUAUUAGAUACGGAUAUUUAGCUCAUUCAUUGUUUCAUAUUUGGAAGUUCUGAUGUCUACAUGUGCCUGUUCCUUGUAUAUACAAUUUUAACAGUGCAUUUACUAAAUAAAAUAUUGUGUUCAGUCUGUACAUAUCGCACAUUAUAUAUUUUUAAUUAAUACGAGAAGUAUUUCUUCCUACUGUGCAUUUUAAAAAGACAGAUGUUUUCGUAUAACUUAAACUUCUGUACAUUGACAUUUCAGAGGGAUUUUUUUAACAGAUUGUUUUAAUUUGUAUUUUGCCAAUUUUUCUUUUUACACCAAGUUGCUCACCAAUAUAAAUACUUCUGUGCAUUGAUUUUUUUUAAUUUGAAAUUUUGAUGUACUAAAUGUACCGGUAUGCCUGCUGAAGGCAUGGGUCCUACUUUGAUGAAAAAUUAUCGCAUUAGGUCACAAAUAUUUGAUUGCUGAUUGCAAAAUGGUAAUAUGCAAAAGACUGUAUAGGCACUGAGGAUGAAAGCAGGAAGCCAGAAUGGUCACAUGGAUAUGAAUUUGUAAAUUGUGGCAUAUUAUUUUAUUGACUAAAGUCACUAAUGUCACUCCCCUUUUAGACAUUCCAAAAAUCCUAACCCAGGUCAUGUGCUCUGCUGGUAUACAUGGUACAAUGCUGUGGGGAUAUUAAGGUUGUGUUCAUGGAUGUUUUGUUCUGGAUACUUGUGGGUACACGAUUAUGUUGGGUGUUUAUUAGUUCUUCUGCCAUUGGAGAGUAUACUCUUGUUUGCCCAUGGGUCGUUCUCAUGCCCUUGGUUAACACAAAUAACUUGCUCAAAUGUAACCUUAGCGUAUACUGUCUCAGUGUUCAAUUACUUGCAUCUGUACGUGAAAUGUGUAUGUGGUUAUUCCACCGGCAGUUUUGAUGAUACAUUUGGGCCGACAGCAAAAACUGUGGACCGUGUAGACAACUCACCACUCAAAACCUGCCCAAAAAAUCCAAUUAGUUAAAUGUGAAGUCUGUAGUUGCAAAUUCCAUGAGUUUCUUGAUAGUUUUGAAGUCGUUCAUGACUGUACAAGUGUUAAGAAGGCCCAGCAGUGUUCUGCUUGUAAAAAAAAUAAAUACCCACAGCUUUAUCAGAA